GUAAAAAUAAAGAAGAACAAUGCUGUUUUGGAGAUUUUUAUUCGUGCUAAUUUUUACUGCAUUUCCUGGAAUGGCACACGAUUCGUGUGGAGAGGGUGAAAGUAAAUGUAUGCGUAUGACACCUGAUUUAAUGAAUUUUCCAGAUACUGCAGAAAAAAUGAAAGAAAGAUGCUCGGCCUUUAAAUCCAUGGUUGAAUGUGGCAUAAGUCACCAAGAAACUUGUCCUAAUGACUCUGCAUUUUCUAUAAAACCUAUUUUUGAACCUCUACUGGAAAGGAUAAAUAAAUUCUGUGACGAAACGGAUAUAUGGUUCAAAGGUGAGAAUAUUUUAAUUUUUCAAGACUUUUUAAACUAA